AUGCAGUCGGCGACAGUUCUAGUGUCAAUAUUAGCGAUCGUCUCCGCUGAGUCGGAAUACCAGCCACAACGAUGGGUCACGAGAAUACUGCACGACACGCUCGAAAGUUAUGUCCCGGAUGGAGGACCGUCGUGCAGGCGGGAUGGACAGACAUAUCGCGAAGGACUGAAGGAUCUCAAGCUAUGGGCAACCCAAAUGUAUGACGCUUCGGCAAAGUUUCCAACAGGCAUAUUAUCUGGGAAAUCAGUCGAUUUCGGUGAUUAUGACGAAUGUAUGGAAACCAACACAAAUAGUUUAGACUUUAAACCUCAGUACUGUAUAGUAAACAUACGUUUUUCACCGUCUGUUAAGCUGUAUCCAAAUUACUACAAAACCACUCCACUUAAUAUUUUAAACUCGUCAAUUUCUGCGUGGGAAGCUGUAAAGCUAAAUCCUAAUCCGGCAAAGGUCCAGCGUAAUGAAAUCAACACUGCGAUUUGUAUUCCGUCCUCGUGCACCCAUUCGGAUUUACAGUCCACGUUGUCUCAAAACAUUAUUUCUGCGUUUAACGAGGAAGAAAUAAACACCACCGUUACCGUGGACCCGCUGUUCUGCACCACGCAACACGACAAACCACCCAAGACAUUGGGAUUCAUAAUUUUUUGGUGUUUCAUAUUGGUUAUUGUUAUAUUAACAAUUGUUGGAACACUACAAGAUUUAUAUUCAAAGGAAGAUACUGAAUCUAAAUGCAAACCAAUCUUGGUAGCAUUUUCAAUUCAAUCAAACCUCAAAAAGUUAUUUUACAAUAGUACUAAGACUGCGGAAUUUGCUGGCUGUAACUUCCUUAAAAUAAUAGCUUGUCUAGUCGUUUUAUUAGGACACCGGUUGAUGUACAUUAGUGCACAGCCAAUUUAUAAUACCAACAAAAUUGAAGAGACUUUUGAAAUGAUGAUUUAUGGAGUAGUGCAUAACGGACCAUUGGUAGUAGAUAUUUUUCUUACCAUCUGUGGAUUCUUAACUUUUGUUAAUAUGUACAGCGAAUUAGUGAAGACCAAACAAUUUAACAUGCCAUUUAUAUUAUUUUGGAGAUGGUGCAGGUAA